CAUACUUUUUCUUAACAAUGUGAACUUCUCCAUAAGCGCGGGGAUAGUGCAUCUGUAGUUCAUUCGUGGUAGAAAGGGCCUUCCGAAAGGCGAUCGCUUUAUUUCUUUAUUUCAACAUAAUUGUGAUGACAGAGAAAAGCCACUCGUUCAAUCAGGCGUGUUUCUAACGGGCUCUGAAGCUCUUAGCCAACCAGUAAACUUUACAAAGUUAGGAACCAGAUGGGUCUGACAAAAAUGUUCUGUUGCUGUUGGUGUGAUACUUCUGAUAAGACGUCAGGAAAUGAAGCUCUCAGGCAGCAUGUCCAGUGGUAGCGAUUAUGGUUCGGACCGGAAGACCCAGAGGGCCGAGGACUGGAAUCUGUGGAGUUCUCCUCAGGACUCCUCCCACACCGAAUCGGAUGACGACCGAGAGCUGUACAACCUCCUCAUAAUGAGGAAUGAGGUGGACAAGAACACCGAGGUGUGGGAAAAGCUGAACUAUGAUAUUCACACCUUUAGGUAUAUAAGGAGAGAAGUGAAGGCCAGAUGGAAAAAAAUAUUACUGAAGCUAGGCUUUCAGAAAGAAGUGGACACCUUACUCUCGGUUAAUAAACAAAGUACAUUGAGCGACUCUGGAAACUUCACGAAGGCCAGGGAAUACUUGUCGAAACUGUUGGAGGAGACAAGUCUCUUUCCUAAAGGUUGUGAAGCACAGGAAAGAUAUCUCAUUGUGAUGGAUCGGCUUGUGUCCCUUGACAGCGCUGAAGACUUCCUCAAACUAGCUAUGAAAAAGUAUCCAAAGAACUGCGAUUAGGAGAGGCAUCCAAUAAUCUGGAGCCCAGGUCCUCUGUAAAAAGACAAGUUUGAGUGGUGUGACUAUAGUCUGUGGGAUUGGUGGAGAUGUUUUUUUUGUAGUGUAAGUUGAGUCCAAUCUCCUUUUGCCAUUGUAUUACUAACCUUACUGUAUUACUAAGCUUAAAUGUGAAUGUGGUAAUUUCAAUGUGUUAUCUUUUUUUUCCCCAAACUGAACUCAUUCUAAAAUAAAAAGAAACAUUUUUAAAGAUCUUAAAUGAAAUGCAUGGCCUUUUUUGGGUCAAAUUGCAUUUUUAAGUCUGCACAUGUCCUCUGUCCCAUUAAUAGUAUCACAAAUUAACCACCCAUUGUCAGGGACUCGGAUGUUUUGGAUGAAUAACAGCAACUCAAGAAUUACUCAAGAUAAAAAGAUUUCCGUUUAUUACAUUCACCUCACCAGAUGUAAAUCCUAGGACUCCAAAAGAAGCAAGCCUGGUUGUGCCCUUCGUCAGUAAGUGAAUAUUAGUAGAUACUGUAAACGCCACCUUCGUAUUGACUAGUUUUGUCUUUUUAUUUUGUGUUAAAACCAAAGGUUUAAAGACGAUGAAACUUGGACACAUCCAAACUCCAGAUAGGUCACAUGUCUUGUAGUUCACACACUCUUACAAUCGCGUGGUUUCCCACUAAAUGGCGUUUUAAUUGGUACUCUCCGCACUAAUGAUGUCACUGAAUCUCAAGGACGGUGCUAAGCCUUUAUGUUUCCCUUGAAUGAUGAUUCCAAAACCCAGAAACAGGAGAAACAGUUUCUCUCUCCGAUUUCAUCAUUGUGACGUUUUCAUAGUUAUAUUACAAACUUCGUUUUUUGUGUCCAUGUCUGUGUAUUUCGGUGUACUUUGUUGGAAGUUAAAUUUAAGUAAUCUUUGGUUGCUUUUUUUGGUAAACGUUUCUUACACAAAUUAGUCUAGUGGCGUACCAUCAAGUGAUGGAGUGCGCUGGAGUUUCAAGAGAAAUACGAGUAUCAGUGAAUAGCCAUCUUCAGUGUGUGUAAUCCAACAUUAUUUUCGAACAAUAAAUGAU